CAUAACAUGAUCCCCAUCUUUCUGAGCGGACGCAUAACGCGACAGAUGGUUUCACUACGCUUUCCCCUUCUGUUCUGACCGAAACUGCUGUUCUUUAAGAAAAAAAAAUCUCCCCGUUGUUGCCGGUUUUGGGUUUUUUUUUUUGGAUGCGCCAUGCAAUCUCGUUGGUGGAGUUGUGGCAUUCGGUUGGUGACAUGGACAUGGGUUUGGAGCCUGGCAUUGCUUGGAGUGUGGUGCAUUCCCGCAAACGAAGUAAACCUGUUGGAUUCCCGCUCUGUGAUGGGAGACCUGGGAUGGGUGGCCUACCCUAAGAAUGGGUGGGAGGAGAUUGGGGAAGUAGACGAGAACUAUGCUCCCAUCCACACCUACCAAGUAUGCCGUGUGAUGGAGCAAAACCAGAACAACUGGCUCCACACCAACUGGAUCCUGACUGAGGGUGCCCAGCGGGUAUUUAUUGAGCUCAAGUUCACCCUGAGAGACUGCAACAGCCUGCCAGGGGGUGUCGGGACCUGCAAGGAGACCUUUAAUAUGUAUUACUAUGAAACAGAUGGGGACGAAGAAGAGAUGGAGGAAGGAGAGAUGAGAGAUGGUACCGGGAUGACAGACGAGGAAGACAGGGCAAUGAAGGAGAGCAGGUACAUCAAAAUUGAUACCAUAGCAGCUGAUGAGAGCUUCACUGAGCUGGACCUUGGGGAUCGUGUGAUGAAGCUUAACACUGAAGUCCGCGAUUUAGGUCCUCUGACCCGGAAAGGCUUCUACUUGGCAUUUCAGGAUUUAGGGGCCUGCAUUGCUUUAGUCUCAGUGAGGGUUUUCUACAAACGCUGCCCAUUCUUGGUGAAGAGCUUGGCUGAGUUCCCUGACACAAUCCCAGGCUCAGAAGCCUCACAGCUGGUAGAGGUAGUGGGCCGCUGUGUCAAUAACUCCCUGCCUUUAUACGAGCCUCCCAGGAUGCAUUGCAGCACAGAGGGAGAGUGGCUGGUGCCCAUUGGGAAGUGUGUUUGCCAGCCGGGAUUUGAGGAAAUCAACGGAUCUUGUCAAGUCUGCAAAGUGGGGUUUUACCGCUCGCUGCUGGAGUCUUUGGCCUGUAGUAAAUGUCCACCUCACAGUGUGGCCAGACAGAUGGGAGCCACUGCUUGCAGCUGUGAAGACGGAUACUAUAAGCUAGACUCUGACCCUUCUAAUAUGGCUUGCACACGCCCUCCGUCUGCUCCUCGUAAUGCUAUUUCCAAUGUCAACGAGACCAGCGUCUUCUUGGAGUGGUCCAUUCCUAUGGAUACAGGUGGCAGGAAGGAUGUGCGCUAUAACGUCAUCUGUAGACAGGUCCUGCCAGACGGAAGGGGCUUGGAAGAGUGCGGUCCCAAUGCACGUUUUCUGCCACGCCGCACUGGCCUGUCGAACACCUCAGUGAUGGUGGCUGACCUGCAGUCACACACCAACUACAGCUUCUUGUUGGAAGCUGUCAACGGAGUGUCAGACCUAGCCAAAGGCCAUGCAAAGCAGUAUGUGUCACUUAAUGUGACAACCAAUCAGGCAGCACCGUCCCCAGUGAGUGUGGUGAGGAAAGGUCAUACAGGGAAGAGCAGCAUUGCCCUUUCUUGGGCAGAGCCUGAUCGUCCCAACGGCAUCAUCCUAGAGUAUGAGAUCAAGUAUUUUGAAAAGGAACAGGACUCCAGUUACACAAUAAUAAAAUCCAAGGACACUGAAAUGGUGGUGGAAGGCCUGAAGCCCUCUUCAGCUUACAUCUUCCAGGUACGAGCCAGGACCUCAGCAGGCUAUGGUGCAUUUAGCCGGCGCUUUGAAUUCCAGACCAGCCCUUACUUAACUGCUACUAGUGAGCGUGCUCAAGCUUCGAUAGUAGCGGUGGCCAUCACACUGGCUCUGGUCCUGCUGGCAGUGGUUGCUGGAUUCCUGCUCAGUGGGCGGCGCUGUGGCUACAGCAAAGCAAAGCAAGAUCCCGAAGAGGAAAAGAUGCACUUCCACAAUGGCCACAUAAAAUUUCCAGGGGUGCGUACUUAUAUCGAUCCCCUCACCUAUGAAGAUCCCAACCAGGCAGUGCAUGAAUUUGCCCAGGAGAUUGACGUUUCAUACAUCUCCAUUGAAAGGAUCAUUGGUGCUGGGGAAUUUGGUGAAGUGUGCAGUGGACCGCUGAGGCUGCCCGGGAAACGAGAGAUCCAGGUUGCCAUUAAGACCUUGAAAGCAGGCUACACAGAGCAGCAGAGACGUGACUUUCUUUGGGAGGCGUCAAUCAUGGGCCAGUUUAACCACCCAAACAUCAUCCGUCUGGAGGGUGUGGUUACUAAGAGCAAGCCGGUGAUGAUCAUCACAGAAUACAUGGAGAAUGGCUCAUUGGACACUUUUCUCAAGAAAAAUGAUGGCCAGUUUACUGUAAUCCAGCUGGUUGGUAUGCUGCGUGGGAUUGCAUCUGGCAUGAGAUACCUGUCUGACAUGGGCUAUGUCCACCGUGAUCUAGCGGCUCGUAACAUCCUGGUCAACAGUAACCUUGUGUGUAAAGUGUCUGAUUUUGGUCUAUCCCGAGUCCUGGAAGAUGAUCCGGAGGCUGCAUAUACCACACGGGGCGGAAAGAUUCCCAUUCGCUGGACGGCUCCAGAAGCAAUUGCAUACAGGAAGUUCACCUCGGCUAGUGAUGUGUGGAGUUAUGGGAUUGUCAUGUGGGAAGUGAUGUCAUACGGAGAGAGGCCCUACUGGGAGAUGUCCAAUCAAGACGUAAUAAAAGCAGUGGAGGAAAGCUAUAGGUUGCCAGGUCCUAUGGACUGUCCUGAGGCCCUGUACCAUCUUAUGAUGGACUGCUGGCAGCGAGAACGCAGCAACCGUCCCAAGUUUGAUGAGAUCGUUUGCCUGCUAGACAAAUUCAUUCGGAACCCCAGCUCGUUAAAGAAGCUUGUCAACUCCUCACACAGAGUUUCCAACCUGUUAGUGGAGCAUGCCAGCGUAGAAGGGAACUGUAGCACUCGAAGCCAGACUGUAGGAGAGUGGCUCGACUCCAUCAAGAUGGGACGUUACACUGAACUGUUUAUGGAAGGAGGUUACUCUUCACUGGAAACAGUGGCUCAGAUGACAUCAGAGGGGUCUAAUAAAUUUGGGAUUUGCGAAGAGUAGGAGUGAACUUGGCUGGACACCAGAAAAAAAUUAUUACUAGCAUUCAGGAGAUGAGGGUCCAUAUGAACAGCACCAACUCUACUG